GUUCGGUCUCUCUCUCUCUCUCUAGCGAAUUCGUCUCUGGUUCUCUCCAACUAUCGCCGCACAUCCUCUUCCUCCAACCCUGAUUACAAUCUAUUAAAGCUGGAAUGAGCAUAAAAUCGAUUUUUGUCAAUAUCUCUAUUAUUCCAAGACAGUGAUACUUGGAACUGAGGAAAGUAGCUAACGAUGUAUUCAAGAUUGAUAAGAAGGAACCAGAGACUAAGUUGUUUUGUAUUGAAGCAAGACAAAUGCUUAGCUAGACCACCGACUCGUGACUUCACCGGUUCACCAUCUUAUAGAUUAACAAAUCCACUAACAAACCAUUUCACAAGAAAGCACCCGUCUUGCUUCCCUAUUGCCUCUGGAAACUCUUUGAGCCUCUCUCAAAAUAGCCAGUUUCGUCGGUUUAGCUCUGAAGGCGAUGGUGCUGGUGAGGAUAACCUGAGUAAAGAAAAGACUGGGAAAGAGAAGAGCGUUCUUGGAGGAGUUAACCGUUUUGACUCUCACGCUCAGCUUGGAAAGCAAGACCAAAUAGAUUGGCUCAACAACGAGAAGCUUGCAAGCGAGAGCAAAAAGGAAUCACCUUUCCUUAAUAAACGAGAGAGGUUGAAGAAUGAGUUCUCGCGGAGGAUUCAGCCUUGGGAAACUAUUCAGCUCUCCUUUGAGUCCUUUCCUUACUACCUCCACGAGCACACAAAGGACACUCUAGUAGAGUGUCUUAGCUCACAUAUAAAACAAAGAAACGUGGCGUCCACGUAUGGUGCUCGUUUAGGUUCUUCUAGUGGGAGGAUAUUGCUCCAGAGUGUUCCAGGCACUGAGCUGUACCGUGAGAGGCUGGUACGAGCACUUGCUAGAGACUCAAAAGUUCCUCUGUUGAUUCUUGACAGCAGCGUUCUUGCUCCUUACGAUUUUGCUGAUGACUACAAUGAAGAGUCUGAAUCGGAUGAUGAGGCUGCGGAGUCAGAUGAUGAGACUGCAGAAUCGGAAGCUGAGGAAGAAACGGAUGCAAACAAUGACGAGGAAGGUAGCAGUGAGGCGAAAGUAGAAGGAAGUGACGAUGAAGAAAGGUAUCUAGAGAUUUCUAAAGAAGUUCUCAAGAAACUUGGAGCUGACAUAGAGGAUAUAGAGAAGAGAAUGUCUGGACAGUUGCUUGGCUCUUCUGAGGUGCCUAAAGCUAUAGCUGUUGAUCAUAGUGAUAAAGCCAAGCGGCCUCUUAAGAAAGGAGAUCAAGUUAGGUAUGUUGGGUCGGCUAAGAAGGACGAAGCAAAGCGUAGGGUCGUAUUGGGGAAGAUUUCUACAUCUGAUGGUCAAAAAAGUGCUUUUACCGUUAUUCCUGGCAGGCCGUUGUCCAAGGGACAACGUGGAGAGGUAUAUGAAGUGAGUGGGAACCGUGUAGCGGUCAUAUUUGACUCUGGCGACAAUAAAACAUCAGAGGGAAGUGAGGAAAAGCCAGCAGAACAGCCCCAAACGUUACCUAUCCACUGGGUAGAUGCUAAAGAGCUCAAACUCGACAUGGAUAUGCAAGCAGUUGAUGGCUACAUUGCUAUGGAGGCGUUAAAUGAGGUUUUGGGAUCCAAUCAACCACUUAUAGUCUAUUUUCCAGACUUCUCUCAGUGGUUGUCCAGAGCUGUGCCUAAAGCAAGACGAAAGGAAUUUGUAGACAAAGUUCAGGAGAUGUUUGAUAAAUUAUCUGGUCCGAUUGUUAUGAUAUGUGGGCAGAACAAGAUAGAAACAGGCUCAAAAGAAAAAGAGAAAUUUACGAUGGUGCUCCCAAACUUUAGCCAGUUUGCGAAACUGCCUCUACCGUUGAAGCGUCUAACGGAGGGAUUAGCAGGAAGUAAACGAUCAGAGGAGAAUGAGAUAUACAAGCUUUUCACUAAUGUUAUGCGCCUACAUCCUCCAAAGGAAGAAGAUGCCCUUGGACUGUUCAAGAAACAACUGGGAGAAGAUAGGAGAAUUGUGAUAUCUCGGAGCAAUAUAAAUGAGUUACUUAAGGUACUUGAAGAACAUGAGUUGUUAUGCACAGACUUAUUCCAAGUGAACACCGAUGGUGUGAUAUUGACAAAGCAAAAAGCAGAGAAAGUUAUUGGCUGGGCAAGAAAUCAUUAUUUAUCCACUUGUCCAGAACCAUUAGUUAAAGGAGGCCGCUUGUCUCUGCCUCGGGAAAGCCUUGAGAUUUCGAUUGCGAGGUUAAGAAAAUUAGAAGAUAACUCCCUACAGCCCUCACAAAACUUAAAGGAUAUUGCAAAGGAUGAGUAUGAACGAAACUUCGUCUCGGCUGUGGUUGCUCCUGGAGAAAUAGGGGUCAAGUUUGAAGACAUUGGUGCUCUUGAAAACGUGAAAAAGGCGUUAAAUGAGUUGGUUAUUCUUCCCAUGAGGAGGCCAGAGCUUUUCUCCCGUGGGAAUCUCUUGCGGCCCUGUAAAGGAAUAUUGCUUUUCGGUCCUCCUGGAACGGGUAAGACGCUCCUUGCCAAGGCCCUUGCAACAGAAGCUGGAGCAAACUUCAUUAGCAUAACUGGCUCAACUCUUACAUCAAAGUGGUUCGGAGAUGCAGAGAAGCUCACUAAGGCUCUCUUUUCCUAUGCCGCCAAGCUAGCACCUGUUAUUAUAUUUGUCGAUGAGAUCGACAGUCUGUUAGGUGCUCGUGGUGGCUCUUCAGAGCACGAAGCUACCAGAAGAAUGAGAAAUGAGUUCAUGGCAGCUUGGGAUGGGCUUAGGUCGAAAGACAGCCAAAGAAUCCUCAUCCUCGGUGCCACCAACCGUCCAUUUGAUCUUGAUGAUGCUGUCAUCCGUCGUCUACCAAGAAGGAUAUAUGUGGACUUACCAGAUGCAGAGAACCGGUUAAAGAUACUGAAAAUAUUUCUCACUCUGGAAAAUCUUGAACCGGGUUUCCAAUUCGAGAAACUCGCAAAGGAAACCGAAGGUUACUCCGGUAGUGAUUUGAAGAAUCUAUGCAUUGCUGCUGCUUACAGACCUGUUCAAGAACUCUUACAGGAAGAACAAAAGGGUGAAGGAGCAGAUGCGUCCCCUUGUCUACGGCCGCUGAGUUUGGAUGACUUCAUUCAAUCUAAAGCUAAGGUGAGCCCGUCGGUGGCAUACGAUGCGACGACCAUGAAUGAGCUGAGAAAAUGGAACGAGCAAUAUGGUGAAGGAGGAAGCAGGACUAAGUCUCCUUUUGGCUUCUGAAGAAAACUUUCAGCUUUGUUAGUUAAAUUUUUUUUUAAAGUGUUACACAACCAGUAACUCCAGUGUUGUAUCUUUCUUCAAGUAUUCCAUGUUUUCAUCUUUA